AUGGCCCGUUCACAAGCCCAGGACGUCAUUCGAUGUCAAUACUGCGAGGACGAUCCCGCUGUCUUCCACUGUGUUCCGUGUGGAGAUGAACUCUGUCCUCCAUGUAAACUCUUCCAUCUUAAAAGUAAAGUUCCCUCUGGGCACAACAUCAUCCGUCUGUCUGAGAGACUUCAUCCAACCAAUCAGAUCAAAAUGUGUGACGUCCACUCAACUAAAGCAUAUGAAGCUUGUUGUAAAGAUUGCCAAGUCCCAGUGUGUAUUACAUGCAUUCAGGAAGUACACAGCGAACACGCCAUCGGGAAGAUACAAGAACUUUACGAGAAACAAAAGACCGAAACUGCCGACGAACUGACAAAGAUGAAGACACAGUUGAAAUCGGAGAUUAUUCAGAGAAUAAAAGAUUUCAAAUUAGGAAAAAAUGAAAUAAAGAGCGCCCAUGAGAACGUACGAGAGAAAAUGAAGAAACAAGCUCAGGAUCUUAUAGAUCAUAUCAGAGUCAUUUUGAAGGAAGCCUUGCAUGAAUCUGAGAAAGAUGAGAGAAAAACUAGAGAGGAAAUAUCCAGACAUAAAGCGGAGGCUGAGAAAUUUGAACAAAACUUGGAUCAACUGAUUGAGAAAUUUGAAACUCUCACAAUUGGUCAGAUCAACAAAUCUCAAAAUAAGCAUCAGUUUGGCAAGUUCAUGGCAGGUAAGGUUCACUAUGUUAAAUCACUUGAUGAAAACUCACAACAUAUAUUGCCAUCUUUGUCUGCAAGGGGGAGUACAUCCAACAAAAGAGUACUGGGGCGUUCAGUAAAAAUAAGCAAAACGAAAACUCAAAUGAAAAAGCUAUAUCACGUGAGUUGUCGUGAUGAGAGAUCAGCGUACAUCAGUGGUGAUGGUCCUGGAAUACAACUGAUAGACAGGUCAGGGACAGAGCUGGAUAACAUCAGUACUGACAGAGAACCAGAAGGACUGGCUGUGAUGAAGGAGGGAAGUCUGAUUUACUCUGACCAAGACAAUAAAGUUAUCUAUAGAGUGUCACUCAAUAAACAGAAAACAAAACUUAUAAAUGCUGAGUAUGGUCCUAGAGGACUGUGUUGUACCAGGUCAGGUGAUAUCCUGGUCUGUAUGGGUUUUUCGCUUAUAAUUUAUACAGCGAGAGUGGUUAAGUACAGCAGCAGUGGGAGGAAGAUCCAGGAAUUCCAGACAGAUCAGAACGGGGAGGGACUUUUUAUUCAUCCAAGGCUUGUCUGUGAGAAUGUUAAUGAGGAUAUCUGUGUUACUGAUUGGAAUUUAUGUAAAGUGGUCGUGCUGAACAAGGGUGGAAGUCUUAGAUUUAAAUAUGAGGGGAAUGUCCCGUCAAGGAUGUUAAAAGCCACGUUUAAUCCGCAUGGUGUGGCUACCGACAGUCUGGGUCACAUCCUUAUCGCAGACAGAGCCAAUAACACCGUACACCUAAUCAGCCAGGACGGGGAUUUCCUGUCUUACAUCCUGACAGAGGAUGAUGGGAUAUCACAACCGUACGGGAUCUCUGUGGACACGUCCGACAAUCUGUGCCUUGUGGAACAAGACAAAGCCUGUGUCAAAGUGUAUCAGUAUCUGUCAUAA